ACUUCCCCAGAGGACUUUAAAUCGGUCUUUCAGCCACCAGCUAGGGCAAGACGGAAGCUGGAGUCCCUGGGGACGGCCCAGGCCCUCUGUCCUCCCGAGCUCAGUCCAGUUCUGCUGGGUUCUCAGGACUCACAGACAAGACUUCAGUGACAUGGACAGUCGCAGGGGAACCUGUUGAUAGGACAUUUAUGUACUGAGCACCUACUAUGUGCAGGCCCGCCGACCUGACCUUGGGAGAUGAGGUUUUCAGCCUCGUGGAACUCACAUUCUCGGGGGACCAAGAACAAGAAGCGGAUCCUCUGAUGAUAUGGACGCAGAGAGAGACGCUCUGCAGAGCACGGCCUACCCCGAAGUGCAGACCUUCUGCCAGAAACACGGCCUGGCGUUUGAGGUUGUUGAUCUGAGGUGGGGUAUUCGGAACACGGAGGCCACGGAUCACAUGACCCCAGACCUGUGCUUGGAGGAGCUUGACCGGUGUCAGAAAACAUCCAUAGGACCAGCUUUUGUGGCCCUUGUAGGUGACCAGUAUGGCCCCUGCCCUGUCCCUGCACUGAUCGAGGAGAAGGAGUGGGAGGCACUGAAGUCUCAGCUGACCGCCAGACCACGUGACCUGGAGCUGGUGGCUCGGCACUUCCGGAGGGACGACAACGCUGUGCCCCCCGCCUACAUCCUACAGGUCCUGGGGGCCAGGGAGGCCCGAGGGCCCGAGGAGGCCUCUCUGACCUCUGUCCUACGCUUGGGAGCCCAGGAGGCCUGGAGGCUGGGCCUUCUCACUCAGGAGCAGUGGCACCGCUACCAUCGGUCAGUCCUCGAGUGGGAGAUAGACCAGGGCGUGCUAAGCUCCGCAGACGGGGACCGGGGAGCCACCGUCUUCUUGCGACAAAUCCAAGACCUCAACAGACACAUCCUGGAAGACUGCGCCCUCAAGAUGGUAGACCGGCUUCCAGAUGGUUGCCUGGACGCCGAUGCCCAGAACCUUCUCAGCAGCCUCAAAGGACGCAUCGCGGAUGCCCGGCCUGGCGUCCUCAAAUCCCACCAUGUACCAUGGAGCCGUGACCUGGUGAACCCCAAGAACAAGGCUCAUGCCCGCUACCUGAAGGAACUGAGUGAGCAAUUCGUGGCCAGGGCCAAUCACCAGAUCCUCGAACACCUCCGUGAGCUGGAGGCGGCCCGACAGGAGUUGACGUGGCUCUACCAGGAGAUCCGUCACCACCUCUGGCAGAGCGCAGAGGCCACCCGGAACUUCUGUGGACGCCAGGAGCUCUUGGCCCAAUUUGGGCAAUGGCUCAGGCUGAAUGACAGCAACCCCCAUACCCCUCUGGUGGUGUACGGACCCCCGGGCAUCGGGAAGACAGCCUUGAUGUGCAAAAUGGCUGAGCAAGUGCCCGGGCUACUAGGCCACAAGACGGUGACCAUCCUGCGGCUGCUGGGGACAUCGCAGAGGAGCUCAGAUGACCGUAGUCUGCUCAAGACCAUCUGCUUUCAGGUGUGCCUGGCCUACGGGCUGCCCCUGCCCCCGGCUCAGGUCCUGGAUGUCCACAACAGGGUGGUCCAGUUUUUCCAUGCCCUGCUCCACACCGUCUCCUGCAGAAACUUUGAGUCCCUUGUACUCCUCCUAGACUCCAUGGACGACCUGGAUUCUGUCCACCCCACUCAGAGGAUCCCCUGGCUGCCUCUCAAGUGCCCCCCGAGAGUACAUCUCAUCCUUUCAGCUUGCUCAGGGGAGCGGGGAAUUUUAGACACCCUGCGGCAGACGCUCAAGGACCCCGAGGCUUACUGGGAGGUCAAGCCCCUUUCUGGAAACCAAGGACAGGAGAUGAUCCAGGUCUUGUUGGUGGCCGCGAGGAGGACACUCAGCCCCGUGCAAAGGGACCUGCUCUGGGCUAGUCUCCCAGAGUGCGGGCACCCAGGGAGGUUGAGGCUGGCCUUCGAGGAGGCCCGGAAAUGGGCCUCUUUCACAGUCCCGGCCCCUUUGGUCACAACCGCGGAAGAAGCAACGCACCAGGUCUGUGUGCGCCUGGAGCAGACCCACGGGCAGCUGCUGGUGGCUCGAGUGCUGGGCUAUCUUGUGUCUUCCCGGCACGGUCUCUCAGAGGCGGAGCUGAAGGACGUCUUGUCCUUGGACGACGAGGUGCUGCAGGCCGUGUACCAGGACUGGACUCCACCCAGCAAGGAGCUGCUGCGCUUCCCACCCCUGCUCUGGGUGCGGCUUCGUCGCGACCUGGGUAACUGCUUAACCAGGCGGCCAGUAGAUGGCGCCACGCUCCUGGCCAUCUCCCAUAGACAGCUGGCCAAGGUGAUCCGUGAGCGUUACCUGUCAGGACCAGAAAGAGCCAAAAGGCACAGUGUCUUGGCCGACUUCUUCUCGGGAGCCUGGAGCCAGGGCACCAAGAAACUCAUCACCCUCCCACUUGUGGGGAAGCCCCUGAAUUUGGACCGUAAGGUGGCCCCUCAGCCCCUGUGGUUCUCAGACACAGUCGCCAACCUGAGGAAGCUGAAGGAGUUGCCCUAUCACCUGCUCCACUCAGGACGCUUGGAGGAGCUGAAGCAGGAGGUGCUGGGCAACAUGAGCUGGAUUUCCUGCCGGGGCAUGUCUGGGGGCAUUGAAUGCCUGCUGGACGACUUCGACAUGUGUGCCCCUCACGUGGACUCUCCUGAGGUCAGCUUGAUCCGUGAGGCCCUCCAGCUCUGCCGCCCUGCUGUGGAGCUCCGUGGCAUGGACAAAAGCAUCCUGUACACCGAACUGCUGGCCAGACUCCAUUUCUUCGCCACCUCCCAUCCCGCACUGGUGGGGCAACUGUGUCAGCAGGCCCAGAGCUGGUUCCGGGUGUGUCCGCACCCAGUGCUGGUACCCCUCAUAGGAUUCCUCCAGCCCCCAGGAGGACCCCUCCGGGCGACUCUCACUGGCUGUCAUAAAGGCAUCACUGCCAUGGCAUGGGGCCCGGAAGAGAAACUGCUGGUCGUCGGCACCCAGGAUGGUAUCGUGGCCGUGUGGGACAUGGAGGAGCAGCAGGUGGUCCACGUUCUAACUGGGCACACAGGAGAGGUGAGGUACGUGAACGUGUUUGCAGAAGGGACGCUGGCCCUCUCCGCCUCGAAGGACCACACGUUACGCUUGUGGGACUUACUUACCGGCCAGGAGAAAUUCACCAUUUGGGAUGGAGGCUCCAAAACUGCCACGGAACCGCAGAUCUGGAGCGUUCAUGUGGACGAAACAAAGAAAGUUGUGUAUUCAGCACACAGUUCAAAGAUCAGCGCCUGGCGUCUGGAAACCGCAGAACUGGUUUUCCGUAUCCUGGGGGAUGCGGCGGAUCCCUGGAUGUGCGCGGGCGUGGUGGCUUCUCAGGCCAGGCUGCUGACAGUGUCUGAGGGUGGCGUGGUCAGUCUGUGGUGCUCAGCCACGGGAAAGCUGGAGGGGAAGAAAGCUUUGUCCAGCGUCCAAGGAGAGACACCCACGUGCGCGGUCUCGGUCCAGAAACCAGGGAAGAUGAUUAUCGGGUUUAGCGACGGCUCCGUGUCCUUGGUGUUCUCCGAAGGCGACAGAUUGCUCGAGAAGCUUCCAGAUGCUGUGGGGUUCCUGGUGGUCUCUGAAGAUGAGUCCCUUCUUGCUGCAGGCUUCGGGAGAUCCGUGCGGAUAUUCUUAGCUGAUUCUCAGGGCUUUCACCGAUUCAUGGCCACUGACCUGGAACACGAUGACGCAGUCGAGACGGCCGUUUUUGGUCCUGAGAACAACCUGAUCGUCACGGGGUCCCGUGAUGCGCUUAUUCAGGUUUGGAACCUUUCGGAGCAGGGGACCCUGAUGGACAUCCUGGAAGGUGUGGGAGCCCCCGUGACACUGCUGGCCCGAGGUGGGGUUUUAGUGGCUUCUGCUUCCCAGCAAUCCUCCUCGUUCAAAGUCUGGGACCUCGCCUCUGCCCAGAAGCCACGGGUUUCCACUCCCUUUCUGGACCGUACCGGCCUCACCGCGGUGUCCCACAAUGGAAGCUUCGUCUACUUUCCCAGAAUUGGGGACAAAAACAAAGUCACCAUCUGGGACUUGGCAGAAGGUGAGGAACAAGAUGCCCUGGACACUUCCAACGAGGUCAGGUGUCUGGAGGUCGCGGAGCAGGCCAAACUCCUUUUCACCGGCCUUGUUUCGGGGAUCGUCCUCGUGUUCCCCCUGAAUUCCAGGCAGGAUGUCAUCUGCAUCCCCCCUCCUGAAGCCCGGAAAGCCAUUAACUGCAUGUCCCUGAGCAAAAACGAGGACCGUCUGGCCAUCGCCUAUGACAACAUCGUCUUAGUGCUGGACAUCAGCCCCGGGGACCCAUGUCCGGUCAUUGGUGGGCCCACGUACACCUUUUAUACCCAGCUACCUGAGACCAUCUGCAGCGUGGCCGUGUUGAGCGACUACCGCGUGGUCUACGGCAUGACCAAUGGCGAUGUUUUUCUUUACGAGUGUGCGAAUUCGAAAGUGUUCCCGUUGGAGGCCCACAGGAGCCGGGUCACGUGUGUGGAGGUGGGCCACACGGAGCAGCUGGCUGUCAGCGGAUCCGAGGAAUCCCUGCUGUGCCUUUGGGACCUGCAGGCGUGCAAGUGGAAAUUUGAGAUGAGCUACACGAGUUCUUACUGCAGAGGGGUCCAGUGCGCGUGCUUUUCCAAGGAUGACAAGUACGUGUACGCGGGCUUGAAGGAUCGCUCCGUAAUCGUUUGGAGUGCGCUGGAUGGUACCCUGCUGGCUGUCCAGUUCGUCCACGCGGUGGUGAACAGGAUCAUCCCAACUGCCAAUGGUUUCCUCGCCCCCACCAGACAUGGCUACGUCAUCCGAGAGCGUUUCCAGUGCCCUUCAUCAAGAUCCUCUCAGCAGGACCCCCUCAAGAACUUCAAGAAGGCAGUGUGGAUGGUCAAAUCCAGGCAGAGAGAGGAGCUGGCUGCAGCCAUGGGAGCACCCCAGGACGGGUCAGAGAGCACCCAGGAAAAUGAAUCCAAAUCAAAUAAACGCUCCCAAGUCUGCCUACUGGUCUAGAAAUACCGCCUCCCUGGAAGGAUGGAGCUCCGAUGAGUUAGCCUUGUUUAAUCCGGUUGAAGCAAAAAGAAUAUAUUUUCUGGGGUAUAUUUGAGCCCACGAUCUCAGAUUCCAAGACCUAGACCUCACCUCUCCCCAACUUUUCAUUUCUCUUCUUUUAUUUAUUUUUUUUAAGACGUUUUGGCCUCAGGGUGC